AUGAGAAGCCCGUCGUCGAAAGUCGAGAAGGCGAAGGCCGGGCUGAAGAAGGGGCCGUGGACGGAGGAGGAGGACGAGCUGCUGAGGAGCUGCAUAAAGAGAGAGGGCGAGGGGGGUUGGCGGACUUUGCCGCAGAAGGCGGGGCUCCUCCGCUGCGGGAAGAGCUGCCGCCUCCGUUGGAUGAACUACCUCCGCCCCACCGUCAAGCGCGGCCACAUCUCCCCCGACGAGGACGAUCUCAUCCUCCGCCUCCACCGCCUCCUCGGCAAUAGGUGGUCAUUAAUAGCUGGAAGAAUUCCCGGGCGUACUGACAACGAGAUUAAGAACUAUUGGAACACUCGUCUAAGCAAGAAGCUAAUUAGUCAAGGAAUUGAUCCCAAAACUCACCAACCCUUCAACCCCAGUCCCUCCAUUACUCACCAACCUUUCAACCCUAAUCCCCUCAUUAAUCACCAACCUUUCAACCUUAAUCUCUCCAUUAAUCAUAACCAAUCAUUUAGCAACCCUAAUCCCUCCAUUAAUCCUAACCAUUCACUUUACAACCCUAAUCCCUCCAUCAAUCAUAGCCAUUCACUUCACAACCCUAAUCCCUCCAUUAAACAUAACCCCAAUCCAUCCAUUAAUCACAACCAUUCACUUAAAAGCCCUAAUCUCUCCAUGAAUCCUAACCAUCCACUUGACAACCCUAAUCCCUCCAUUAAUCUUGACCAUCCACUUAACAACCCUAAUCCCCCUAAUAAUCCUAACCAUCCACUAAUUAACAACCCUGAUGCACACAAUCAAGAUGGAGAUGAAGGAAUGCUAGAUUGCUUCGAUGACGACGACUCUUUCUCUUUAUUCUUGAACUCGUUCAUGAAUGAUGAAAUGUUCAUCAGCAGCAGCCACCAGCAGUGA